AUGAUUCUUAUCAAAGCCAAUGUGCUCUUUGCCCUCCUUGCUGGAUCUGCCCUGGCUAUCCCAGCCAAAGAACCAACAAGCUCACACAAUACAGGCAGGACCCUCAAAUGCACUGUCGAUGGCAAAACGGCCAAAAUCCACGAAGAUGCCGCCAAGCAAAUCGCCAAAACCGCCCCUGCUGGCAAGGACAUCAAUACAAAGUCUUCAUACCCGCAUAUCUUCGAAAACUAUGACAAAAUCCAAUGGGACAACCAUGCAUGCAAUUCAGUUAAGGUCAAGACGCUUGAAUUUCCCAUUGAUGAAACUGGAAGACUGUACCCGUGGAAUGGGGUGUGGAUUGGGGAUACGCUAGUGGAAAAGAAGAAAGAACCAGGUCCGUGUCGGGUUGUGUACAGUGAGACAGACGGGCAUUUCUGUGGUGUGAUGUGUCAUAAGUCGAUGAAAGCAGAAGGUGAUCAAGGAUUCGAUAAAUGUACGUGA